AUGACCACGUCCUACUACGACGUCGCCGCGGGCCUGGGUGCUGCGGGCUUCGCCGGCGGCUUGUCGGUAGCCAUCAUGAACCCGCUCGACACGCUCAAGGUGCGCUACCAGGUGUCGACGGAGCCUGGUGGAAUGCGUGGCUUCGCCGGGCAGAUCGUGCGCCAGGAGGGUUUGUGGAGGGGCCUCUGGCUACCGGGAGUCAACGCUAACUUCUGGGGCAUCGGCGUCAGUUCCGUGGGCCGCGUGGGCUGCUACCCCUACGUCCGCGACGGCCUCCUGCAGGCGGUCGGCGCGACGGAGAAGAAUGCCGGUGUGAUGUUCGUCGCCGGACUGCUCGCUGGCGCCGUCGGCUACCUCGUGUCCUCCCCCGUCUACCAGGUGAAGACGCUGGCGCAGGCCGAGGCCGGGCUUUUAGAAAACGGCGUCUUCGCGACGGGCGCUUCAGUAGGUAAGGCGCCGCGCUACGCGUCGCUCGUGCAAGGCCUGGGGACGCUAAAGCGGGACUGUCAUCUGUGGAGGGGCGCCGGCGCGCUGGUCGUGCGCGGCGCACUGCUGUCGGCGGGCAUGCAGGUUAGGCGCCCGCGCCUUUUGAGGUCCCUUCCACGCCAUCGACGCGACGUCCCUCCCUCAUCGGCCCAUUACGCAGGUCGGCUACGACGGCUUCAAGACCUGGGCGAAGCGGCGGGGCCUGCUCGAGGACGGUCCUGUUCUGCACGGCUUGGCCGCUUGUGCGGGUGGUGUCGGCGCGGGCGUGUGCGCGACGCCGGCGGACGUGGUGAUGACGCGGUAUCAGGCCUCUUCCACAUACCGGAGCGCGUUCGGCGCCGCCGCGGACAUUUUGAGGAAGGACGGAGUACUGGCCUUCUACCGCGGCUUCACGCCGUUCGUGGUGCGGCUCGGUCCCGUGUUUCUCAUCUCGCUGCCGCUGACGGAGCAGAUCCGACGGCUGGCGGGUCUCGGGUACCUCAGUUAACUUAG